AUGAAACCACAUGAGGCUGAGCAAAAAAUUAGGACAAAUCUCACCGAAAUCGAGUUAGAAAAAAACAGUAAUGGAGCUUUAAAAACAUCAGUGUAUCAUAAAGAAGCAGCUGAGCCGUAUGUCGUACCAUUUGGAUCAGAUCAUCCUGAUCAUGUUUUUCGAAACACCGUUGAUACUGCUAUUACAAGAACAGUUCGUUAUUCAACAACCUUGUCUCAAUUCGAAGAAGAAAUACGACAAAUUAAACUCAUGUUUCUCUAUAAUGGUUCUCCGCCAAGACAUAUCGAUUGGCGACUCACCAAAUUAUUCAGUAAAUAUUUAUCCAAGCAUUUCAUUUUGCCUAUGCUCCAAUACUCUGGUGACUUUGGCUAUUUGCGUCAUCAGUUAUUGAGAACACCAACACAUGGAGAAUACGAUAAAACAGCCGACAACUUAAUUAUCUAUAAUCAAACUCGCGACAAAAAUAUCCAAAAUCAGGUUAUGAAACCCGUACAUAACAACGAAUUAACAACCAGAAAACGUCUCAUCGUUCAUCAAAGACAUGAAAAACGACUCGGACACAGUCAUCGACAUAUUCGCGAAUUGUGGAGUAGCACUUUUCAUCAAACAGAGAUCAUGAAUACUGUUCUGAUCAUUGGAACUUAUCUGAAUCACAACUUAAAACAAGAAUUGAUGGCCAAUAUGAUAAAACGUAUCCCAGGUGCAAGAAGCGACCAACAGAGCAAAACGCAACCUGAGACUGGUAAAGAAACACAAUCCUCAAGCAGCGCUAACCAGCCACUGCCUUAA